AUGGUGCUCCGCGCGGUCAAGGUACUCAUCCAGGCAGCGCUGCUCGUGCAGGUGCUCCAGGUUACGGGCUCGGUUAACGGCCUCCAGGUGAACGAGAACUUCCAGAACACCCCGCUGUCGGCGAACGACGCCCCCGGUACCGUCAAGGCGGCCAACAUCCCCACGUCCUUGAACAAGAACGCGGAGGAGGGCGAGGAGCGCGGAUUCUGGAGCUGGAUCACAGGUAACGAUGACGACAAGUCCAAGGCCGGCUCGACGACUUCCGACACCCCUGCAUCAAACUCGGACGGGUCCUUGGCGACCACUACCCCAAUCCCGGGUACUGCCUACGUGAGACCGUCUUACAGCAGCAUGAUGUCCAAGUUCGGUAGUCUCAAGGAUGACUUUGAGAGGAGCGCCGGCAUAACCUCGUCGGCGUCGGCGGGUGCCGACAGUUCGACUGGUGCCGGUGACGACGAAGACUCUGGCAGCGCAGCCCCCGCUCCUAAGACUAAAAAGACCAAGAAGCCUGUGGCGGCAGCCGCUCCUUCCAGCGACUCGGCGGCUGCUUCCGAAAGCGCUUCCGGCAUCACCAGCAGCUCCGAAAGUGCUUCGGCUUCUGGUAGCGAGACCGCUACGCCCAAGCCUAAGAGGACCACUAAGAAGACCAAGAAGCCGGUUGUUGCCGCCGACAGCGAGUCUGAGAGUGCCUCGAAGGCCGCUUCAGGUAGCGACCUUGACGACCUUCUUGGCAGCGACGUCGCGUCCGGUGAAUCACUUAACGACCUGCUCGGCAGCAAUGCCGGCUCCGGCAGCGAAGACCUGUCCGCCCUACUGGACAUGUCGGGCUCGGGUGGUCUGGACCUCGCUCUCGGCUCUGGCAGCUUCACCUAUCAAGAUUUCUUGGAAAUGUUCGGUUCCGGCAGCAGCGGCAUCGAACUGUUCGGCGACCCGACCCAGCCCCAGAACAAAACGAUUGAGGACAAGGACAUCGUCCUGGGUAAGCUGUACGGUGGCAAGGAGCACGGUACCGCCUUCUCGGACAUUAAGAACAUCAGGUUUCAGCAGAUGAUUCUCAACUUCACGAUGCGCGGUGACGAGCGUCUGGACCAGGUCGGUAUCUUGGUCUACUCGCAGGACGCUGUCGGCAACCUGGUGCACGGUGGCAAGGGCGGCACCGAGAAGUUCUUGAGCUGGGAAAUGGGCGACACGGUCACCAAGCUCGAGAUCCACUGGGACAAGAACAAGGGCAAGACGUGCAUCUUCUACCUGGCCAUCACCACGGCCUCCAAGAAGAAGCUCUCUGUCGGUACCAAGACGGCCAACAGCAUCGUCCUGACGCCUCCUAAGGGCUACCAGUUCGCCGGUUUUCACGGCCGGUACAGCAGUAGUGCCAUCUUCUGCCUUGGUCCGAUCUGGACUAGGAUUGCAGCCUCGGAUCUCUAUGUCACCGAUGUGGUGGCUCUUCCUGCCGACGCUUCCGAGGACGUGUACAACUACGAGACCACGAUCCGCAACUGGGUCGGUCCCCUUGAUACCGCUUCCGACAACGCCUGCUACCAAAAGAAGUUCGACACGAGCAGCAAGGGCUUGUGUCCCUCGGGAUACAACAAGGACGACGACAAGUGUGUCACUCAGUGUCCGCUUAACUACCCCAUCGACUGUCUGAAUGAGUGUAUCCCUCAGAAUGCCGACUGCACGCAGGAAAUUGUGGGUAAGGUCGCUGCCGUAGCCGCUGUGGCGCUUAACGCUCUUACACUGGGUGUCUUCGGUUCGCUCGUGGCUGCCUACAGGACCGCCAACUUGGUCCUUACGUGCGCUAUCAACGUCGUGAACGCCGUCAAGUCGAUCGUGUACUACCUGCGCUACAAGCAGACCACGAUCCCGGUCACCGACACGCAGAAGCUCCUAGACAAGGCCUUCCAGCUGCAGAUCGUCAUCCUCGACCUGCCGCUCGCCAUCUCGUCGUGCCUCGGCCUGCAGAUCCCGCAAAAGCUCAUGUUCUCAGCCACCAUUCUGGCUAUUGUGUCGGCCAUCGUCAUGAUGGCCGUCAUGGUCGGCGAGACCCUGUUCGCGUCGUCCGACAACGUCUUGCUCAUGCUGCGUGAGUCGGGUGCGAUGAAUUCGACGGCUCUGGACGGCAAUACGUACCAACUGGACGACUUCCUGAACACCAAGAACGGCACGUGCGGCUACGAGAUCAAGACGCUGACGAACCGCGUCAUUGGCAAGGUCUACGACAUCCGCAACACCACGCCGAACGCCGCCGCCAACGAUGUGCGCGUGGAGGUGAGCCAGUCGUCCAUCAUCAAGACGGACAUCCCGGUGGUCACCAACCACUGCAUGGGCCAGAUCUGGACCAACAAGACGGGCGCGUCGUCCUACACCACGCGCAACAUGCUGCGCAAGCAGCUGAGCGUCAUCGUUGAGCAGCUCAUCGAGGACGGCACGACCGACAUGGGCAAGCACGUUGCCAAGAAGGAGAAGGCCCUCGAGUACGCCAACUUUGGUCUGUUCUUCCUGUCCAUGCUCGACUUUACGGGUAUUGCCUGGAUGGCGUCUGAGUUCAUCCAGCCCAUCUGUGGCCCCAGCGAGUACAUCGGCGAAAUCGACGAUGGCACUCUGUACGACGCUCUGGGUUUGACCACGGUGGACCAGGCUUUCCUGGGCAGCUACGGUAUCUGGAAGAAGAAGGGUGACGGCUCGGUCACCAUCAUCUUUGAGAGCGUGGACAACGAGGACGUGGACGUUGCGAUCAAGUCGGGCGGUGACAAGCUCGCGUCGGUCAAGGUCAAGGCCAACACCAGGGUCAAGUGGACGUCCACGGUCAAGGAGCUCGGCGACAAGACGCUGUACCUGGACCGCUGGCGUCCGGGUCUCUUCGGCCUGCCCGGUUCGGGAGGUGGUUCACUGCUGAUGUGGAUCCCGCAGUCGUCCGAGGGCGGUAAGCUCGUUCUGCACGCUCGUCUGAAUGUUAGCUAAGCGGAAAUCAUGUCAUUUAGCGUCGUGAACAUUGCUCAGAAGCUAUGGGCAGUGAAUUCACAAGUUAAACAAAAUGCAUCAAAGUUUAUUGUGG